UGCUGUAGCCAGCAGCACUCAAACCUUGCAGAGUUUUGCUCUCUGAGAGUUUGUAAUAAGACACACUCCUCUUACAAGAGUUCAUGCUACAACCUAGCAGAGAACUUUAAAUUUUUGGAAGAAUAAUAUAUUCAUAUUGGCAUUGUGCAGAGACCCUAACUCUCCUUUUCUGCUUCAAAGCAAGGUAAACUGGGUGGCCUCUCCCUUUCCAGCCCUCAGAAUGAUGGCAAUCUCUGCAGCCAGCAGUGCCGUCCUGCUCUCCCUGCUCUGUGAAGCAAGUGCUGUCGUCUUACUCAAUUCCACUGACUCAUCCCCGCCAACCAAUAAUUUCACUGAUAUUGAAGCCGCUCUAAAAGCACAGCUCGAAUCUGUGGAUCUCCCCAAAGCCAGGCGGAAGCGCUACAUUUCGCAGAAUGAUAUGAUCGCCAUUCUUGAUUAUCAUAAUCAAGUUCGGGGUAAAGUCUUUCCACCCGCAGCAAACAUGGAAUAUAUGGUCUGGGAUGAAAAUCUUGCAAAAUCUGCAGAGGCUUGGGCAGCUGCUUGCAUUUGGGAUCAUGGACCAUCUUACUUACUGAGAUUUCUGGGCCAAAAUCUAUCUGUAAGAACUGGAAGAUACCGCUCUAUUCUCCAGCUGGUCAAGCCAUGGUAUGAUGAAGUGAAAGAUUAUGCUUUUCCAUAUCCCCAGGAUUGCAACCCCAGAUGUCCUAUGAGAUGCUUUGGGCCCAUGUGCACACAUUAUACGCAGAUGGUUUGGGCCACCUCCAAUCGCAUAGGAUGUGCAAUUCAUACUUGCCAAAACAUGAAUGUGUGGGGAGCUGUAUGGCGACGUGCAGUUUACUUGGUUUGCAACUAUGCCCCAAAGGGCAAUUGGAUUGGAGAAGCACCAUACAAAGUAGGGGUACCAUGUUCAGCUUGUCCUCCAAGUUAUGGGGGAUCUUGUACUGACAAUCUUUGUUUUCCAGGAGUGACGUCAAACUACCUAUACUGGUUUAAAUAAGCUGAUCUUUACCUCCAGGAGAUAGAAUGGUUUCUGGGAAUCAUAGGCAUAUAUAUAUAUUGAGUUUUGCACAUGUUAUACAUAUUUUAUGAUAAUCUUGUUUUCCUUUUAUUACUCAUUGUAUGAAUCAGUGUUUGUCUAGUAUGUUUGUUUAAUCUUUUGGUAACCAAAAUAUCCAUUUCUAUUUUCUGACCUCUAAGCCUAAAUUAAAAUAUUGAAUACAUAGUAUUGACAUAGUUAAUGCAUCCAGUUCCACAAUUUGCUUUCCAAAGAAAUAAUGUCAUGUUACUGAGGCAUAAAAUAGACAUUUGACCUGUAAUAUAUGCAUCUGUUUGUGUAUGUGUGUGUGUAUAUAGACACACACAUACACAAACAUAUGCUAGAUGAUGUAACACAUAGACAACAAUAUGAUUCAGUAGUUAAUUUAAAGGAAAUGAAAAAAAAAUCCUAUUCUAAAAUACAUGCAAGGUGGUGGGACAUCUUCAGCGGCCAUUUUUAUAAUGCCCACAAAGUGAUUUUUUUGCAACACAACAUUCAGUGAAUAUUUGGAUAUAAUAAUUUAGUUAAGCAACCACAGAUUUCAUUCUGGAGAUUUUUUAUCUCAUUUGGUUUCAGCAAAAGAUAUGCUCAACUUAUGGAAGUUUGAAAUCAUGCCUUUUGUUUAAUCUUUUAUUGAGUCACUAGUCAUGUGCUGAGUGCUUACUAUGUGCAAGGCACUCGUUAGUUAUGUUCUGAUAAUGCAAAGAUAAUGAGAUAUGAUUCCUGCCUUCAAGAAGCUCACAGAGAUAUUCAGGGAAUAAUGUAACCUAAUGAUUUUGUUGUAAAAUUAUAUUUUGAACAAAAUUAUUUUCAUGCAGCUUUGAGAAAGUGAAGGCAGCAAUGUUCACCUCUAGGUGGAAUAUGUGGUAAACCAUGCUGCAUAACAUGUGAGGCUUCUGAUUAGCCUGAAAAUGUUGCUACAGUGUUUGGAACUAAAAGGGUCAGGGAAGAAUUAAUAGCUGUCCAGGAAUUACUGGGUUAGAGUAAAUAGUUGUGACUUUGGAAGGUAGAAAGCAGGAAAACUGAUGAGGUCCAAGAGAAGUAAGACUUAGAAGACAGGUAUGAAAAGUCAUGGAAAGGGUUACUGCAUGAAAAAACAGGUGGAGAAUUUCAGAAGGGCAUGUCCUGAGGUUCUAGGACAUCUGGAGGCUCUGUCAGAAGGAGAUGAAGGAAAGAAAUGUGAGGUGCAAAGAAUACCUCCAUCUCUUCACUGUUUCGCCUGUCAUUAUUUGGUGAGAAUUCAUUGAAUCAUCUGAGGUCUUUGAGCACCAUAUUAAACAUCCUGUGUAUGUACCAUAAGCAUUUAUAAUUUUGUUAAAGUAGCCCCUUUCAAAUGAUUUUCUAAGGCUUAAUUGCCAAAUAUUAUUUCUGUGUCUAUGUAGAAGAAUAACUCUCAGUUUCCCAUUAAGUUUGAUUUGGAAAUCAAAUCAAAGUCAUCACUGAAAUUCAUAUAAUUUUGGAAAUGUAAUGUUUCCUUAUUCAGGAAAUCACUUUCAGAGAAUUCAACAUCUGAGUCAAAAUACAAGACAUUUCCAAUGUAUGUGUGUGUGUGUGUGUGAGAGAGAGAUUGAUUGAUUGAUUCAGGUUAUGUGACUAUCGUAGAAUCACAAAAUAAGGGAACAUGGUUAGUUCCAGAAUGUAAAUAACAGAAGGAAGCUACUUGUUUAAAAUUCCCUAUACAUUUGCAGUUUCUUAGGGUGGAUACAUUGAAAGAUUACAGUAGGUCCUUUCAAUAAGGGGAAAAGCCACCAUCUGGAGUUUAGGUUUACAUGAUGACAAUUGGCCUGACUCCUUUUACAAAUUGAAUGUGGUGACUCAAUAUUUUGAUAUCAUACUACUAUGCUUUUGUGAGCAUAUAUAUAGACUUUAUUAAAAUAAACAUUUUUGGAGACCAAAUGGAGAUCAGAAAUAACUAUAAGAUUCAGGCCCCAACCCAACUUUUAUCUAAUGUAUAUAGACAACUGGGAAGAAAGCCCAUUAGUGGGAUAUUCACUUGAAUCUUCUAGAAAAUAUUUCCAUCUUUGACUUUGCUAUAUUAGUUCUACAGACCUAGCAAAAGUACUAUUGAACCAAAGAUGACUAUUUUCAGUUCCAGUUCUGUUGCUGGUUUACUUAUGCAGCUUGGUUUCUCAGUUCUGAAAAAGAAUGUUAUUUGCUACAUAUUUCACAGAGGUGCCUGUGAAGGUAAAUUUCACUUAUUAGGAGAUGUUUAUGAAUAUUAAAACUGUCAUUAAUGUGAAACUUUUACUUGAGACAAAAUUAAGUUUCAGAGCUCCUCUUUGGCAGAAAUUCUAUCUAAUUCUUUGUAUUUAUCCCAAUUUUUUACAUAGUAGCUAUACUGUAAAAGUGUUUAUAUAAACGGAUUUUUAGAAUUAACUAAGAAGUCUAGAACUGCAACUAUUUAAAGUAAUCCCACCUUCCCAUCUUUUAUCAAGACACAUGUGUCAUAAAUACAAAUCUUUGAACGCAUCAAACAUCCAGAUAAGUCAUCAAACGUAUCAGAUUAAGACUAGGGACUACACACUUAUAAUUUACACUUAUACACCAGUCCUUUCCAAAUCACAUUUAGAACUAUAAUUUAAUUUAUAACUUAACAACUCAGCAGAAAAUGUAACGGGUAUAUUUGUUAUUCUAUCUGUGCUUUUUAAAGUUAGAAAUACAAAGUGGUAUGUGAAAUGUUUUAUUUUCUAGGCUAAAGCAAAUGAAAGUUUGCUAAUAGCAUACCAUAUUUUUCACAGCAUGUGACAAUGGUGCUAGGAUAGCUAUUUCUCAGUGUAAUUCCCAGAGGCAGAAAGGGUCUGGGCAUAAGCUAUUUCAUAAGAGCAGCUUUAAAUAAUCAGUACUGAGGUUUUCAUUUUAAAAGGUUUCAUUCAAAAUAAAUAGUAAUUGGCAUACAUAUUCUACAGCAGUGACCCUCUCCACUGUAUAGAUUUUUCGCAUCACACUUUAUUCUGCAUAAAAAUAAAAAGAAAUUCUGUUACAAUAUAGAUUUCUUUUUGCUUCCAUGUCAUCAAAAGACAGGAAAAAUUAUAAUUUUAGCUGUUAAACUGAUGAAUUUUUUUAUAGAAUUGUAUUUGAGUUGAGCAGACAUAAUCUUAAUGUUCCUGGUUAUGACCAGUAAGCUUGUUUUUAAAAUAUGGCAGAAACAAUUUUUAUUACCAUCAUUUUUGCUUCUCUUCAGUAGUCUAAGCAUCAUCACUUCUGUGGUCCAUCAGAGCCUCCCUCCUGACUUCAGUUGGCAGUGCUGUAAUGUCCUUGUGAAACCUUCAUGGAAACAUUCAUUUGAAAGUCCAUGCAGCUUUAGCACCAAGUUGACCCAACACUUGGGCAAGUUCAACCACUACAAUUUACUCCGAAUAUUUGGAUUGAAACAAUGUAUAUUUUUCUCAUUAACACAUAGUUGUGUUAAAUCUAUUUACAACAUCUACACAAGCAAAUCUAAUACACACGUAGGCCAGUUUAAGUGUUCUGUGUUCAUACCCUGCUUACUAAAUGAAUAUAUAAGCUAAACAGAUUAUUUGAAUGUGUCCAGAAAGGAAAAAUAAUGCUUCACCUGUCUUCUGUCUUCUCCCCAUGGUUUAACAACAUUCCCCAUAUUCCACAGUGUCAUUUGGUGCAAAUCUUGACACGGAUGGAAGCCUGCCUGUACUUACCGAAGUGUUUAGGGAGAGUAGAGUUAGAUUUCUAUCAGUAUCUAACAUUACCUUUGCCUUCAUAUAUAUAUUCUUUGUAUUGUCAUUAUGUGUGUGGAGAAAGCCAUAGUUAAACACAUGUAAAAUGAUUUUUAACAACUAUGCCAUGGUCUCACUUUGACUUAGGAGAGGUCAAUCAGAAACUUCUAAUUCUCUGCUUAAUGGUGCUGAAAAUGAAUUACAACCACCAUGUCCUGACUACAAUUUUGGGUUUCCUUUGAAAUUCAAAUUUUCAUUAAGUGUGAAUUAUCCAUAUCUAUUCUGGUGCUCAAUAUAUGGUGCUAAAUGAUUGUUAGUGUUAAUAGCUCUAGCAAUGUUCUAUUUAUUCAUUGUUAAAAGUAUUAUUCAUUCAAUUCCUGAUCCAGAGAUGUCAAUAAAAUCCUGUUAAAUUAACCUUAACUAAAAAUGGGCCAGUGAACUCUAUUUUUUUAUCUAACAGUCCGGCAUUAUGUAGGUGUCACAGAACUUCUUUAGAAGUUAUCAGUUUUCUUUUCAAGGCGUUUUUUAGCUUGGUGAUGUCCAAAUUCAAAUUAUCUAGAGUAGGUUAUACCUCCACCAGCCUUACUGCGGGCACUGGCCCCCUCUGGUGGUUGUUAAAACAAAUUAUUGAUGGCUACCUGGCCAGCAACAAAAGCUGUUUCUUCAAUAAAAAUUUAAGUUGCACAGUAUUAGAAUUCUUGGAUAUUCUCUAAACCUGACAGCAUUUUAAAAUUCUUGACUCCAUGGAUACGAUUUUAUAGGAAGAUGAGACAGAUUAUGUAUCUUGGCAACUACUUUCCUGUGUAAUAAUGUUUUUCAUAUUCCAGUUCGGAGGUGCUUAUUAAAGUGUUCUUUCUAACUAAAUAUUACUAAAAUAUAUUUUUUCAUUUGGUGUAUAUCAUAGAUACAAUUGGAAAUAAAAUUAGCAAACAGAAUUAUCUAUCUCACUGUCAGAAGUGAUCAUUUAUUUUUACUAAGUAUAGUACAUAAAUAAAAAGGAGAUACGUUACAAUGUUUAAUUCCAUAUAUAAAAAGAUUAUCUCCCCACCUUUACUUAUUAGUCUAGAAUUUGACAAUGUUCUUUGGUCAUACUAUUGACUAAUGAUAAAAUUUUAUCAUUCCAAAGUCCUUCUAGCCUACCAAAUGUACAUAAAAAAUUAAAUUACAUCCUCUGUAACUAAUGAAGGCAAUAUUCUUAGGUACACUUUCAGUUGAGGCAUGUAAUUGACUCAGUGGGAUGAUCUGUUUUGACAGAGAUGUGUCUUAAACUAUGUUAGCAUACGAAUUGAAGCAAUUUCCCAAAUUAGUAUUUCCAAACAUUUUUUAAAGUGAUAGGACCCUAUCUAUUAUGUCAGUCAUAUAUAAAGGUCUAACAUAUAAUUCACAUCAGAUGGACCUGCUUACACCCCAAGGUUUACUAGUCCCUGGGAACUUUUCUUCUGAGAGACAUGGGGUUCCAUCGAACAGUUAGAAAAACAUGAUCUAAAUCAUCCAGGCCCCAUUCCCAUUUUCUCCAACAUAAUUGGUUAACUAAAACAAAAAAAAAAAUUGAGGCUCCAAAUGGUUCUUUUAAAUACCCACUUCACUUUGCAUUUUAUGAGCCUCUCAGUUUGAUGGAGAAUUAAUGCUGACUUUAACUGGUGCUUGGUUAUAGAGUAUAGCGCUGUGUAUUUUGUUAUUUGACAAACAGAAUUUCGGUACCAUAAUAAUUUGAGAAUUAGAGAUAAUUGUGGAUACACACAUUAAAAUAAUGUGUUUUUUUAAAUAUCUAAAUGUUUUGAAUAUGUACAUAAUCAUAAGGCAUAUUGUAUCAUUUAGAUUUUUCUAAAGAUUAAUUUGGAUAAGUUUUAUUCAUUAUCUAACACUGUGGCAAAGGAAGGUGCCUUUGAUGUUAUGAUAUAAUGUCAUCAAUGUGUACACAUGAACCUGUGUAAACCUCUGCCUUUAUAAAACAUAACAAGUGUAGCUUUUUGAGCUCUGCUAUAUUUUCCCUCAAUAAAAGAUUAUAAUUAA